UUAAACUUCGCCCUUAUGUCAAUGGCUCUGAUAAGAAAUUGGCAACAAGCCAACGAACCGGAGAGCAGUCUUAUCUGAGGAGCAGCCAAAACAAAGCGCACAUCUGGUCGGAGAACAAUGCAGCUGACCUAAAGACCUAACCCUGAGACCCCAAGCAGGCUGACGGGCAUUAUCAGCUAAUAGAAAAGAGGAGCCUAUAAAAGACGCAGUGGGCCUGAACACUGCAUCAUAAGCAGCAAAGAUGUACGACUGGACGAGCAAGAAUGUGAUGUACGCAGGUGGCUUCACCGGCAUUGGGUUCCAGCUGCUGCACCAGCUGAUGCAGAGGCAAAAGCUUAAAAUGCUUGGCAUAGUGCAUAGCAUGGAGAAUGUGGAGAUGAUGAAGAAACUGCAGGCGGAAAAUCCCAGCGUGAAGGUGAUGUUCAUGCAUGUUAAUCUCACGGACAAAGUGUCCAUUGAGCAGACCAUGAAGAAAAUGGGCCAAGCGAUGGGCAACAUUGAUGUGCUCAUCAACUGCGAGGAUGUGCUGCUGGACAAGGAUGUGGAGACGACCAUUGGUAUCAAUUUGAUGGGCAUGAUACACAUGACUUUGAUGGCCAUGCCCUAUAUGGACAAGACCCAAAUGGGCCUGGGCGGCAUGGUGGUGAACAUGUCCUCCGUCUAUGGCCUGGAGCCAGCGCCAGCUUUUGCUGUCUACGCAGCGGCCAAGCACGGCGUCAUUGGCUUCACCCGCUCGAUGGGUGACAAGCACAUCUACCAGAAGACUGGCAUCAUGUUUAUGGCCAUGUGCCCGGGUCUAACCAACACCGAGAUGAUGAUGAAUCUGCGCGACAAUGUCACCUGGGAGCACUCCGAGUCCCUGGUGGAGGCCAUCGAGAGCGCCAAGCGUCAAAUGCCCGAGGAGGCAGCUAGCCAAAUUAUGAAGGCCAUCGAUAUGGUGAAGAAUGGCAGCAUGUGGAUUGUGGACAUGGGACAACUGAAGGAAGUUAAUAUCCCGAUGCAUUGGCAAAUGUAAAGCGCACGUCAAAGACAAACAAAUAAAUAAAAACUUUGCCUGA